GAAAAAAAAAAAAAACCCAAAUCCCAGUUUCAUAAGACUCAAAUCUUUUGUUGUUGGAUUGAUUCCCCAAAUGGUUCGCUCCAAUGGUGUCAGGCUCUUCUACUCCAUCGCCCGCCGCUCCACGACCUCCGUUUACGCCAGAGUGCUUGGAGGAGGUGCUUAUAGGAAAUUUAACACCGGGAUUUGCCAUAAUUCCAGGGUUUUAGGAAACUCUUCUUCUGCUACUAAUGUUUACAGGAGGUUACCGGGAGCUCUGGGUACCAAUUGGACUGCUGCAGUGAGAUUAAUUCAUGCGACUGCAUCUAUGGCUGCAAGAGAUUACUAUGAGACACUUGGUGUUAGCAGGAAUGCAAGUGCAUCUGAAAUAAAGAAAGCUUAUUACGGGCUAGCAAAGAAGCUCCAUCCAGACACAAAUAAAGAUGAUCCCGAGGCAGAAAAGAAGUUCCAAGAAGUCUCAAAGGCGUAUGAGGUAUUGAAAGAUGAGGAGAAGCGUCAACAAUAUGAUGAGGUUGGCCAUGCUGCAUUUGAAGAACAAGGCUCGGGCUUUCCCAAUGAUUUCAGGAAUCCAUUUAAAGAUAUAUUUGAUGAUAAUAUCUUCAACAUGUUCCGUCAGAAUUUUGGUGGUCAAGACAUCAAGGUUCCUUUAGAACUAUCCUUCAUGGAAGCUGUUCAGGGAUGUGCUAAAACUGUGACCUUUCAGGCCGCUGUGGCCUGUGAAGCAUGCGGUGGAAGUGGUGUUCCCCCUGGCACCAGACCAGAAUCAUGCAAGCGCUGUAAAGGGUCUGGCAUGACUUUCAUGCAAACUGGUCCAUUUAGGAUGCAAACAACAUGUUCUCAAUGUGGUGGGUCUGGUAAAAGUUACACGAGACUUUGCAAUUCGUGUAAUGGAAAACGGGUCAAAUUUGGAAUGAAGUCAGUCAAAUUAGAUGUCAUGCCAGGAGUAGAUGACAACGAAACUAUACGGGUAUAUGGUAGCGGUGGAGCCGAUCCUGAUGGAAAUCAGCCUGGUGAUCUUUAUGUUACCAUUAAGGUUAGGGAAGACCCAGUUUUCCGUAGAGAUGGUGCCGAUAUCCAUGUAGAUGCUGUCCUGAGUAUCACCCAGGCAAUUUUGGGAGGAACUAUACAGGUCCCAACUCUUACUGGGGAUGUUGUACUAAAGGUGCGUGCAGGUACGCAACCUGGACAGAAGGUAGUCUUAAAGAAGAAAGGAAUCAAGACGAGGAACUCUUAUACCUUUGGUGAUCAAUAUGUGCACUUUAAUGUCAGCAUCCCAACGAAUCUGACUCAAAGACAGCGUGAAUUAAUCGAAGAGUUUUCCAAAGAGGAACAAGGGGAAUACGUCAAGCGUGAGGCUGCAGGAGCAUCUUAAUAAAAUGUCCUCUUUGUUGCUAAUAUCUCUCACAUGGUCUUGUUGUGCUUAGGUAGUAGAGCAGAGGAAUGGAACGGAAAAGAAAGAUCCACCAAUUCGUGGAAGAGUUGUUUUAGGUUGCAGUUAUAAGUUAUAUUUGUAAGGUUAUACGUAAUUUUCUUCUCCUGCAAGUCAUAAAUGGUACUUACAAUUUAGACGAGGUGACCUCUGAUGAUGCAGCAGUAUUUUUGCAGCAGUGUACAUAUAUCAUUUGAAUUGAAAUCUCACAACGACAAUGGACAAUUCAUGUCCCUA